CAUCCAGAACAAGAACAGCAGCUACUUCGUCGAAUGGAUCCCCAACAACGUUAAGACUGCCGUUUGUGACAUUCCACCCAGAGGCCUGAAAAUGUCUGCUACUUUCAUUGGAAAUUCCACUGCAAUCCAAGAAGUCUUCAAACGUAUCUCUGAACAAUUCACCGCCAUGUUCAGGCGCAGGGCUUUCUUGCAUUGGUACACCGGCGAAGGCAUGGACGAAAUGGAAUUUACUGAAGCUGAAUCCAACAUGAAUGAUUUAAUUUCUGAAUACCAACAGUACCAAGAUGCAACCAACGAUGAAGAAGAGGAUUUCGAUGAAGAUCAAGAACAAGAAGUGGAUGAAAACUAAGUCAAUGGGGAAUCUCAACAUGUACUAGUAAAUUAGAUUAUAUUGUUGUUUAAUUGUUGUUAAUUAAACAUUGUAAAUUAGA